ACCGGUGUGUUUUGUAUUAUGCACGGCGUCUAGGCUUAUAUAUGAGACUGUUGAAACUCAUUGCAGUCAGGCAAAUGGCAAUGCUGUUUAACAUUGGGAAUCAAUGGCUGUAAGGUAUCUCGUCUGCCGUCGAAAACAGGAGCUGCACCUUGAACACCCAUCAGGUGUGCUGAUGCCGGGACAAGUGAGUCACAUCUGGAUCCUACCUGCUGUGGUGUCAGUUUCCACCCUCUGGCUGUAUCUCCUGGUCAGCAGGGCACCAGCUCUCACCACCUCUGAUGAGCAGGUGGAGAGCGCCCGCCUGCGGUUCCCGAGCACGUUCGCCGAGCUCAAGUCGCUGGCGGUGCUGCUGCGCCGCUACCAGGAGGAGCACUGGCUAUACACGCUGGUGCUCUUCUGCAGCGCCUACAUCUACAAGCAGUCGUUCUCGAUCCCGGGCAGCAUGUUUCUGAACGUGCUGUCGGGCGCCCUGUACGGCGCGCUGGACGGCUGGAUGCUGUGUUGCGCGCUCACGGCGCUCGGCGCCACGAACUGCUACCUGCUAAGCAAGUACUGCUGUCGGCAGUUGCUGCUCAAGUAUUUCAAGAAGCGGAUCGUGGAUCUCACGGACACGGUGCAUCGGAACCGUCACCAGUUGCUGUAUUUUCUACUAUUCAUUCGUAUUUUUCCGAUGACGCCGAACUGGUUCGUCAAUAUGGCCUCCCCAAUUGUCGGGGUGCCUCUGCAUAUGUUCUGCUUCUCAGUAUUUGUGGGUUUGAUGCCGUACAAUUUCGUUUGUGUGGAGGCGGGGGACGUCAUCGGCACGCUGUCGUCUCUGGACGAUCUGUUCUCCAAGACCACGCUGCUGAAGCUGCUCCUGCUGGCGUUUGUGAUGCUGCUGCCGUCGAUCUACAAGCGAUCUAGGCGGCAGCGGUAUGGCUUUGCAAAUUCCAGCGUGCUCUAGGGUAUUUCGGCGUCUGGCGUGGGGGAUUUGCGCAGAUGUUAUUUUAUUGUUCUGACGUCACGUUUUCCAGUCGACGCGCCCGAAAGCACCAAUGACGUCACGUUUUCUGUUAGCAGCUGUAGUUCUGCACGGGUGCCAUCCGAUGUGGGCUUUGGUUCCGUAGUUUUGUCCUGUUCGGUGUGAAGAUGCCAUUCCAUGGGGGCGCUUGUCGAUGUCAUACAUCAUAGUGCAUUGUGUAGUACACGCUGCGGAACUCGGGUGCCAAAAGGCUCGCUCACACCUACUGGAAAGGCAUGCCCAAACACUGGAUUGUCAAGCCAGGUUGUGCUGUCAGUGUUUUUUCCGCCGUUGGGCCCCUCACCUGUGAUGAGCGUGACGGUAGGUCAUACCCUGACCCGUCUGCUGAGUGGGGCGCCGAGCUGGCGCUAUUCUGGUCGUUUGCUGUGAUCUUUAGGGCUCUGACGUGCUCCUGGGAUGGAUGGAGUCGUGGUAGGGAGGCGGGUUUCGCCGCCAGUAAUGGGUGGAGUGCUAUGGGAGCUCGCUGACUCUAACUACAUGAGAGCACGACCCGUGCGCGGAGAACCGACCGCGAUGACGUCUGCGGCGCAGCUUACAGGGGAAUUUAGCGUACGAAGCUGUUUAUUCCUCCAGACCCUAGAACAUUGUCGACAAACUGGGGACCUGGUGUGUACUGGUUCCCCCAUCCCGCUAAUUUGCGCAGCACUACUUAGCACAAUAACUUUAUCAGGUCGUUUUCAAGUAAUUAGUGCUCUCCUUAACAGGAGCGGAUAAGGGAGCAGAUAAAUGCUAGCACUUGUGGGUUGCUCAGUGGCAUAUUGUUUGCACUCUUGACGUAUCUCGGGUACUAUGCGUAUGUUUAUGUUUUCCAGAUGACACUAACCUCACUCUUACCCCGUGACCACGAAGUAAAUCCAUAUGCCUCGUGUCCAGGUGUUCGCUGUCCACCUCUGUUAACUAUAAAUCGUUGUCAUCUGCAAGGAACAUACAAUUUUAUCUUCACUCAUUUUCUAUGCUUUAUUGGCCGCGAAUCGAGGGAAUUUUCGGAUUUAAAAGGUGCAUCACGGUCAUGGGCACAGGCAUUCCCAACGCCGUCAUCAUUACCGGGAAUACUAAUCCUCUGGGGUAAGUCAUAACCAAGAGAUGUGAAAAUCUAGCUGAGGCAGGGCCUCACAGGGGUCUCACUUUGGUGAGCAACUUUUCCUUGCGCUCGAGGGUAACCUGUCAUUAUGAACAGUGGAUGGACAUAAUCCCGGGCUGGAUCGAAAUCUCGUGAUCUUGCUGGGGACAGCGUGACGGUACAGUAGCUGUGCCGCUGUCGGCGUCAAACGUCUGAUUCAAGCCGCUUUCGCACGCAGUUUUGAAGAAGUUCCCAGAUCAGAUCCUGUCCGAUGUUUUACAACAGUCCGUUCGAGAUUGGGCAGCACGUAAAGGCGUUCUCCAUGCCGGCGGUGCCGUCUGUCGACUCGCCCUGGAUGGAGGCCGCGUGCGCGUGUGGUGUCGAGCCACAGCGAGGCGCCCUCCCAUUCGCCGUAUGCCGGUGGGCUGGGCUACGUGGCGUUAACACUGCGGGGUCCAAGGAGAAUCCCCUACUGCUGUCCGAUUAUAUCGGACCUCGCCUGAAUGUCUGGGUAGGCUAUGGUAUGUAUAUCUUCUUUAAAUUAAUACUGUAGAGUACAGCUUCCUUCCCGAAAUUAUGCAAAAGGGACGAACGAGGAUGAGGCGUUUGAAGCUCGCAGUAAGUAGGUGCUUACCGUUCCGCAAACAGCAAACCAACGAAAAGAGCGUAGCUCCGAACCUGGUGGUUCGUUUCUCGUAGGGAGAUGUUUAUUCGGGGACUACAAACUAAGGUUGUGAUACGAAUGAACAGUGACUGUCAGAUGAGGAUGGAGUCUAAGAUGAAGUGGGGUUUAAAACUUGCGCCAUCAGCUUCCAUUUCACACAAGCUUUCCUAGCUCGCGUCAAGGGACCAAUUGGAUGAAUCCCAAGUAGCUUUGAUUUCAUUUGAAGCCUCGCUUCAGACAUUGUUUCCGGGCUUGGUUUACUUCAUUGACUGAAUUGUCGCCGACUGUGCCAGACUACACGCUUUGGGUCGAGAAGUGCGUGUUGCCAUUGAGUCAUGCCCUGCAAACCCCACAUUUGGUUGGCAACGUGUAAUAAUUGAUGUGCAAGGAGUUGUGCAUGUGGAAUGCGCAUCACCCCUGUCUGUCACACACGCAUCACGGCGUCUGUCUGGCAUUCAACGCGCUGCAGAGGCCGCGUGCAAUAUCAACCACAGGCGCAGAACGUAUUCUUGUGAGACAUUAACACUCGAUCGUCUGUCGUGCUGUGCACAGACGACCAUUGUGUCGCAGAUGUGUCAAUUUAGCUGUCACAAUGUCGUCGUCGUGCUGUCGCGGUUCGAGCAGCUUGUGAACGGAUAAUCCUUCUCAUCCUCCAUCCUCGCCCGCGAACCGGCACAGAUGGGCUUUUCCCUGUUGCCUUACGUUCUAGUGAUGUGAUGCAAUGUUCAUAAUUUUUGACGUUGUCCAAUAAAACGAUUAA